AUGGCCGUUUUGGGGGGAAAUUUUGGCGCGCUCCCUCCGUUAUAUCUCCUGUUAACCCACUCGGCUUUGAAGAGAGUGUAUUUAUGGUGCAAAGGGCAGAUCUUUGCGGUUAGGGCUUAUGAUCUUCAGCCCCCUACUUGUCCUAAAGUGCCCUUCAUAACUCCUCUUAAAUCCCCUUCAUUUAUGGCGGAGAGCCCCCUUAUUUGCAUGGUUUCCUUGGGUGAGAGAGCAGUGUUCUCAAGGGUAACUUCUGCAACCUCUUUUUUUGAGUUUAAGUUCGACGUAGCUGAGAGGUUGAAGGUUCCUUAUGAUGCGCUAUCAAUGGUUUAUAAAUCUGAAAGGAUCCCUGAUCUGAGUUUUGAGAUCGAGAAUGAGGAUGAUAUGGAGUGUAUGGUGGAGCACAACCGUAAUAUCGGGUGUCUGGAGAUCCAUAUUCGAGCUAAUAUAGAUGUAGAUGUUUCCAGAUGUGAGAACACCCCGAAGCAACCUCCUGAAAUCAUUAUGAAUACACUGAAGCCAAAGUUUAUUGAUAGUACUUCUGCCGCAAACCAUGGUUCUGAAAGAAUUCCAAUUGAUAAUCCCAGUGGUAGCAGUGUAGUGCGUUCUGAUGACAUUAUUAACAACACAGUAAUGAUUCCUGGUUGGUGGCAUAAUGCAUUAACUGAAGAGGGUCAAGAAUUUGAAAGUGCUGAAGAAUUAAGGUUGGCGCUGACAUACUAUUCUCUGGCCAAAAUGUUUGAUUAUGAGUUUAAAAAGAACGAACCAAAACGUAUCCGUGUAUAUUGCCGAUAUAAAGAAACUUACGAGUGCCCAUGGAUGUUGUUUGCUUCACCUGUUAAGAAUGCAAAUAGACUAUCGAUCAAGAAGUUUGUUAAUGAACAUACUUGUGGGCAGUACGGGCAAAAUACAGGUCGUUCAAGGGCAUCCCGUAAAUUCAUUGCAACACAGUUACAACCACUCCUGAAGGUCCGUCCAGAAAUCCGACCCGUUGAUGUGCAAAAGGAGUUCCUCACAAACUACGGCCUUAGAAUUGAUUACAGUAAGAUAUGGUGGGGGAAAGAGAGAGCACAGGAGAAGCUUUACGGGGAUAUAUAUGAGUCGUAUGAUCAACUACGAUGGUAUGAGCGCAUGGUAAAAGAGACAAAUCCCGGCAGUUACAUACAUGUUGACCAGAAUGAGGGGAGGUUUUCGAGACUCUUUGUUUGUUAUGCUGCAUGCAUCAAAGGUUUCUUGAGUGGAUGCAGACCCCUUCUAUUUUUGGACGGUACAUUUUUGAAGGAUCGAUAUAAAGGUAUUCUCCUCUUGGCCAUAGCAUACGAUGGGAACCAAGGUAUAUUUUCCUUAGCGUAUUGCAUAUGUGAUCAAGAGAAUUUGAUGAAUUGGAAGUGGUUCCUCCAAGGUCUAUGGUCCAUACUUUAUGAGAGGGCUGACCCUUACAAUCCUCCCCACCAAUUGGUUAUAAUUUCUGAUGCGGACAAAGGAAUUAAAGAAUCAGUAAAAGAGUAUUUUCCAGAAGCUCUACAGUCGAGGUGUGUUCUACAUCUUGUUGAAAAUUUUAGGUUAAAGCUUAAGGACUUGGGUAUGAAGUCGAAGGACACUCAUGUUCUUGGGAACUUACUCCAAAGUGCUUGUUAUAAAUACACAAUAGCAGAAUGGAAUGAGUACAUGAAAGAGAUAUAUGACAUGGAUCCAAGGGCAUACAACAUUGCUAUGAACUACUCUCCUGAUCAAUGGGCAAAUGCAUUCUUCCCGGGAAUAAGGUAUGGGCACGUAACAUCUAAUGUCGCUGAGUCUUUUAAUAAUUGGAUAAGGGAAGCUAGAAUGCUACAGAUUCUACAAAUGGUUGAGCAUAUCCGUAAACAGAUAAUAGUUCGAAUGAGUAAUCGUCGGUUACUUGCAGAUAAAUGGGUUGGAUAUCUCUGUCCACAAGCAGAGAUGGUGCUUAAAGAAAAUAUAGAGAAAGGUCGUCCAUUGGAUGUUAAGCAAGCUGCAGCUGACAUAUUUGAAGUGCAAGCACAUAAAACUACCCGUGUUGAUUUGGAGAAGAAGACAUGCACUUGCCGUGCUUGGGACGUCAUGCGGAUUCCGUGUAAACAUGCAAGUGCAGUCAUCUCGUACAUGAAGAGAGACAUUUACCAAUAUUGCGAUUGGUUUAUGUCCAUAGAAGCAUUUAAAAAGAGCUAUGACCCGAUUCUCUAUCCUAUACCAGAUUAUGAGAAACGAAGCGUGCCAAGGGAUGAGAUCGAGCUACUUCCACCACAUACUAUCAAAAGAAAGGGGAGAAAUAAAACAAGACGUAUCAACAAUCGAACAGUGUACAAACGACCUUUGAAAUGCUCUCGAUGCCACACCGAAGGCCACAACCACGCAUCUUUCAAUGAACCGAUCGCCGAUUGA